AUGCACGACAUUUAUCCCAUACUUUCACUUUUUUUUUUUUGGAACAAUGAUUUUCAUGUGUUUAUUCAUAGGCAACCUGAUCUGUGUGGCUCAGGAAGUGGCUUAGUUAAUAUAGAAAAAAGGGGUAGUCGCGUUAAGUCAGGUGUGACGGCUAGAGCAACGGCUGUCAGUUUUGUUUUGAUCAAAAGUGAAUAUAACUGUCUGCAACAACACUGCAACUCAACACGCAGACUGUGUCAAAUAUUAUAUUUUUUAGUAUGCUUCAGGCGCAAGGUUCUGGGCGCACAACAGGUGCGUAUUAUUGCCCUUGCUGCAAUAUAUACUGCAGCGACAGCCGCACGGCCCAACAGCACCUUGCCGGACUUUCUCACAAAAAGAAGAGCGGGGAGUUGGCGGCUGACAGGAAGCGAUAUAAAGAUGACGCCUGCUUGA